AGUUGUUUCUCUCUUCGGGUGGUCAGGCUAUAUUGCUCCGCACCCACACCCAGAUUCGUUUUUUAAAAACAAUCUUACAAUCUGUUUUCACCCACACGAUUUUUAAUUAUUUUUUGGGUGGUGGUCGGCGGCCCAGAAAUCAUUUUGUAUCAGAGAGAGAAGGGAAGGGGAGGAGAGGCGGAGGCGGUGGCGGUGGAGGGGGGUCACCGCCGUCCGGGAGUAGCAGCAAGGGGUUAGCUGGAGGUCAUGGAGUGCGUGAAGCUGCCGCAGCACAACCCUGUGAAGGGGAGCCGCUGUCAUGGAGGAGCAGGGGGAAGGAGAGAGGGAGGUACUGAGAGGAGGGCGGCGAAGAUUUUUUGCUAGUCCCGCCACCAGCAGGGUUUCGCCGGUGAUGUCGCAACCGUUCGUCGGCGCCGUUCGCGCGGGAGGGUUGGGGAUUCUUGGGGGGCAGAGAUCAAUGAGUGGAUGCCAUGAACCCAACUACGACCCUGAUGACGUUUUGCGAAACACUGAGAGUUGCGAUGAGAGCAUUGCAUCUAGUGAUGAAGAAUCUGUUUCGACGACGAAUAAGUUAUUAGAAGAUGCUUUAUUUGGUUUUUUUGGAAAGGAGGCAAUCAAAUCACUCAAGAUUUUUCAAAAUUCUGCAAGAAUGUCGACCUCGAAACUGAGCAGGAUAAGAGGCAAAAGGUUAUGGGGGCAGGGAGGCAUGUGUUCAGUGUGUUUUCCACAAAAUACUUUGCAGAUAUCUUGAGGCGUAUGUCCAGUGGUUGGAAGGAUAUGAUCUCAGAAUACGGGUUCGAGCCUCUUCUGAAAUUUAAGAAAACUGAUAUCCCGUAAAGAUUUGUCCGCUGGAUUGUCGAAUGUGUAGACACAAUGUCAUCUCAAAUCAUUGUUGCUAAUAAGAAGAUCAUUUCUAUCUCAAAGGAUUCAGUUCAUUGUGUGCUGGGCCUGCCAAACUGUGGUGAUUUAGCGACACAAGACAAGGAUAGUGUGAGGAACUUCAUUUUGCCUCGGUUCAGCUUGAUGAAGAUGCCAAACAAUACUUUCUUUGGAGACAUGCUCAUAUCUUCUGAUUUCCUCAGUGAGGAAGACACUUUCAUAUGCUUCAUGGUGAUCGCAAUGUCGUGCUUCCUUUUUCCAUCUUCCAGGGAUCAAAUUCACACUGAGUUUUUGACCUUGCUUGUUGAUUCAAAGCACACAAGUGGUUUUGAUUUCUAUGCGCUUGUGUAUGAUUGUAUACUUACUGGCAUCAUCAAGUAUGUGAUUUCUGGCAGAGUAACGGGCAGGAUACCAAAGGUGUUUGACUUUUGCUCGUACUGAAUGACGGUUAGUCUUUUUUAAGUGUUUUUUUCUGCAUCCAUUUGUUUUUGUUUUGUCUGUUCCGUGUCUCCUUUUUUUUCUAUUGGGGAAGAACAGAUGCACUUAACUAAAAACUAUUGGGGAAUGUAAAGGUCAAGGUAGCUUAUAAAAUUGAUAAGAACAAAAUGCUCAAGUGUUCCAGGAACUAAACCGGGAUUAGUGUCGUCAAUGUAAAUUGGGUUUGUAUUUGCUAGACAUUUUUUUCAUCAUUGGUAGAAGCUAAACUUUAAUGCCUGAAAUCAACAUCAAAAUUAAAUCAGUUAGUCCCUAAUCAGCUAAUCUUAGAUUUAACAGUUCAACUACUGCAAUGGACUCUUUAGAUUUCAGAUUUUGUACAGUUAAUGGAUGUUAGUUAAAUAUGAAAAUAAUCCAGGAUAGGUUGUCGCGGAAAUGAAAAGCCCAAGGUCAGAAGAGUAAUAAGUUUGUGAAGCAUAAGCAGAAUCUAAUAAUUCUUACAGCUUUAGAUAGAAGAGAAAGGCCUGGAGAUGUUCAUACCUAGGGGUACUCACAAUACUUCUUGAUACUUUGGUUACUUCACGUUUUCCUCGCCAUUUCUCUCUCCAGACCAACCUAUGCAAUUUUUGAAAUCCAUCCUCAUAAGAUAGAUGGGCCUAUCAAUGUGAAAUGCACAUAUGUGAAAUUUCUUUAUUAUAUCAUUGAAAUGCACAUAUGUGAAAUCCUCAUAAGGUAGAUCUUCUUAAUGUGGCUUUCAAUGUGAAAUCUAUUUAACCUCACAAUAUCCCUUUUUUUUUCUUUUGAAAAGUUACUUUUGCCUCUCUGUCAUGUUCCUUCCUAGCUUGAAUUUUGCUAAUAAUGAUUGUUGCUGGAUUAUUUAUUGUCUAGUUAGACACAAGCAUUUUCAUAUUAGUGUACGUCCUGGUACAUCUGCACAUAGUCGGAGGCGGCAGACCCGGACUCUGCAGGCUCCCGAUGGAGUGCUCCCGCGGUGGCUUCUUUCACUCGCAAGGACAUUCAGAUGUACCUCCACAUGAGACAUGAUAGAACCACACAGUAGUUCGCCAUGAAGAUCCACAAGAAAGACGGCACCACGUCGGAGAAACAGAUGGCUCUGUCAAAAGGUGAACUCACCUUCGGGUGAUGAAAGCGACGCUGAGAGGGUGAUAAUAAACUCAUGUGACCUCCAUGGUGACCUGGUGUGAUCUCCCGGUGAUGUAUCGUCUUGGUGACCUGGUGUGAUCUUGCAGCGAUAUAUCGCCUUGCUUGAUGGAGAAACGUACUACUUAAAUACAUACUCCUACCAAAUAUGGUGGAGAUGUUUGAAGGCAUAAUCAAUCUUGUCGGGCUUUCCUUAUCUCGUGCCUGAUGUUUAGUAUGUAAUAAUUAGGCUAAUUAUUGUUAGGAUUCUCUGUGGGUUUUUCCCACAUAUAUUACUUUUGCACUACGAGGGUGAGGAAGGCUAAUUGUUGUUAGCACGUACUCAGGCUAGGAGGGUGGGAGGAAGGCUACGAUGGUGCUGAUUUUUUGGGUUUGUUUCCAUAUUAUUGUUUGGAUUCUUUUGAAUUGUUUCCAUGUAUGACUUUCACGUGGGAGGGUGUGAUGAAGGAGUGGUGAACGAACGAAGGGGAGGCGAACGAGCGAACGACGUACGAACGUACCAUCACAACCGCAGACUCCUCCUUUAGGAGUAGAGAUAUGUUGGACAAAAAAAAGAAUCACAUGCAGGUCAUGGAAUUCUAAAGAUUUGAUACUGUGAACUGGGUAUGUCCUAAAAGAUAUUCUGCAAUUGUAAGCGUUUUCCACAAUUAAAGAUACUGGAAAACAAUUUUGGUUAUACUAAUAUUAGAAUAUACCACCACCCUUGGAAAUCUUCUCAAAUAUGUACUUAUGUACAUAUAGACUAGAGGUAAAUAAUGAUGAGCGGCAACUUGCAGAAUAUUAGUAAUCAACACAACAAUAUAGAAAUUUAUGGGAAGAAACUAUUUUGUUGUGUCUUUGUGGGUUACUGUCAUCAUGAGAGAUGACUUUGGUAAUAUCAUAGUCUGAGGGUUGGAACUUUCAUAAAGUUUAACAUUACUGUACACUAGCAAGGGAUCUUGCACUUUUAGUGCUAAUUUAUUCAUGAAUUUUAUUUCUAGCAUCAGAUUAUAUUUCUGUAUACACAUUUGUAGAUGGAAGAGCGUAGUAGUAGUUCUAUAGAAAAAUGUCAAGGAAUUAAUUACUAUGUUCUAGAGACAAAUAAAUCAUUUCCUUCACAUAUCUAACAACAAUUAAUAUAAUAAUCAAGAAACUUUGAAGUAGGUUCCAAAGUGAAGUGAAAUUGAUUUCUACCUACAAGUUAAUUGUAUGUAAGUUUGACGACCGGACUAAGUUAAAAUGGUUAUUAUGUGAAAUUAAACUAUAAUCAAUGUUUUUGUGUCUAGCCCGUGCAAAUGCACGGGUUGACGACUAGUGUUAAUAAUUGUGGGAGCCAGGUUCAGGCCAACGGAUAAUAGACAGAGUCAACAUGGCCAAACCUGCUACUGAGUACACAAAUGUUUUUAGAGAAAACAAAUAAAUGAUUUUUGUUAGAGCAAAAUGAUUUUUUUGAGACAUGCACAUUUUUUUAGCAAAUGCAAAAUGAUUAUUUUUUUGAGAAUUUGCAAAAUGAUUUUUGUGAGAUGGGAGGGGGAGGGGGCUAUGCACUGCCAUGGCUUCGUGGGCCUGACGCCGUUGACGCCUCCGCUCUAAAAAAAGGGAAAAAUGCGAGCACAGAAAAGAAAAAACCACUCCACCUCACGCCGCCCCGCGCCUCCACCGUUCCCACUCCGAGCGCCGCCGUCCUGUCGCCACCACCGCCGCUGACGACGGCGCGAAGCAGAAGUUCACCACCGCGGCACGAAUCGCCUUGUUCCCUGGACCCAGAAGCUACUUCACCUCACACCGCUCCACCCCUCCCAAUCCCAGCGCAGCCGCCUGUCGCCACCACCGCCGCGGCCGGCAGCGCGAAUCCAGCUUGCUCCUCCCCGCGGCUCGAAUCGCCGUCUCGCUGUCCAAGUUCGGACCAACAAGAUACCCGUUGCCGUCGGCGGCUGGCCACAGUUCGAAGCCAGCUUGCUCCUCCCCCGGCCGAUUAAUCCCCUCUGGUCGCCCGCCGACGGAACAGGCUCGCCCGAAAUUCAGCACAAGUCGGAAUCUUUGUCGAGUGCCAGUCCGUGUUGUAGCACUAGAAGCGCCCUGGGAAUCGGAUUCAGUCCAUAUCCGUAUUGUUCUUGGCCUCGGAUUUGCUUCUCCUACUGGAAUUUGAAUCGGCUGGUGAUCUAUCUGUAUAUAAGUAUCGCCAGGAGCCAGCCUUUCCUCUGCAGAAAUUUGCGUUCAACUUACUGAAAUUUUUUGUCAGUUUGGCCCAAGCUGAAGAUAUCUGCAGAGAGAUUUGUCAGUUUGGCCGAAGCAGAAGAUAUCUGCAGAGACUCUUCUCCAAUGGAGUCAUGUAGUGUUGCCAGGAUAAUGAGCUUAGGGAAGCUUGCUAUACACAGGACGUAUUUGUGCACCCUAAUCUUCAGAAAUUUGCCAAAGCUGCUAGGCUUCACUCCCAGGUUACUGAAGAAAUUCUGCAAAGCUGAACAUGUUGAGCUACAACUGACCAAGAAGACUACACUAGGCACACUGCCGGAGCUGCCUCCGGACAUCUUGAUGGGUAUCUUUGCCACCCUUGAGAUCCCUGACCUUGUGCGUGCCGGCUCUGUCUGCUCCUCCUGGCGCUCCGCAUACACAAGCCUACGGAGCCUUGGGCAGUACAAACUCCAGCAGACGCCAUGCCUCCUCUACACUUCCGAAUCCGCUGGUGAGAGUGUUGCAUGCCUCUACAGCCUCGCGGAGAAGAGGUCGUACAAGUUAACUCUCCCGGAGCCGCCUAUACGCACUAGGUGUUUAAUCGGGUCCUCACAUGGCUGGCUGGUAACUGUUGACGACAGAUCUGAGAUGCACCUUGUCAAUCCCAUCACAUGUGAACAGAUUGCUCUCCCAUCAGUGAUCACCAUCGAGCAGGUGAACCCCAUAGUUGAUGAGUAUGGUGCUCUCCACAAGUAUGAGUUCUCAAGGCACACUGGAACCCGUGGUGCUUAUAGGUCGCCAUCAAUCUUUGCUCUUGACAAGCUGCGGCACGAGCUCCACUAUAAAGCGUUUGUUUUCCCUGAUACAUCCACUGGAAGCUACAUUGUCGUGCUCAUCCAUAAUCCAGUGCGUCAGCUCUCUUUUGCAAGGGUUGGGGAUGAUAAGUGGACCUGGCUGCCACCUCAUGAAGACUAUAGUGACUGCACUUACAAAGAUGGCCUGUUGUAUGCAGUGACUGGAACCGGAGAACUCCAUGCUUUUGAUUUCAGUGGGCCUGUUAUCACAAUGGAGAUGAUUAUAAGUAUGCGCGAAAUGCAUCACUGUGGGUACAUGUACAUUGCUCAAGCUCCAUUGGGCGAUCUGCUGCUUGUUUGGAGAAUCUUUCAGGAUUAUGAUUUAGAACCUGAACCAGGGUCAUCUGUGUUUUGGAACAGUACGGAAUAUAAAAUAUAUGAAUUUGACCCUUUGGGAAGUAAACUGAAGGAAAUAAAUCGCUUGAGUGACCAUGUGUUGUUUCUUGGGCAUAAUCAAUCUCUUUGUCUCAGUGCUGAAGAAUAUCCAUCUCUCUCGGCAAAUCAUGCCUACUUCACUGAUGAUAAUUAUUUAUGGACAUUGGGAUUUAAGAAUAAUCACCGUGAUAUGGGAAUUCUAAACUUGGAUGAUAAUAGCAGGGAGGACCUUGAGUCUCCGCAGCUUUGGUCAAAUUUUCCUGCUCCAAUGUGGAUUACACCUGAUCUUAGGAAGAUGAACUUGGCUUCAGGAUGGAUUGAAGAAAACUGAUCGACGGUCAAUAAGCCAACAAAGGGGUGACUUGCUGGGGUUACUAGAGGAUGUCAUCAACAAAAUAUUCGAGGGACCACCUGGACUGUGUCAGGGUGUACUCAUCGCUUGGCCCUGGUCCUUACAGGCUAGAUUGAAACUAGUUCACGCUGAAUAAAUAGUUUAGAGUUUAAUCUGUCAACAGAAAAGUUUAGUGAUAUGGAUACUUCUUUGUUCUAUGUUCUUGGCAUUUUUUUUCUAAUUUCUUCUGUGAUGCUCGUGUCGACAUCUUGUGGUGGUGUGUUGGUAUAUUUAUUAAUUUUUCAUCA